CGCUAGAUGAAACAAAAAAUACACAGGAAAUCAGGAGAGGUGCAACAUACUGCUGUAAAGAAAUACAAGACCACGUAAAGGUUUCAAAAUGCGAGCUGAAAAUCCUUUUUACAUUAUAAUUUUACUGUUUUUGUUUAACACUGGAGAUGGCUCUGCAUUGUUAAUGCAGGGAACUUCUAAUGGAAGCGACACAAUCCAUGGGCCAGGUGGACACAAUGCCGAUGUGGAGGAAAUCAAGCGAAUGGUUCUGAACUUAACUACUGAGGUUGAUAAUCUAAAGAGACAAUCCGAUCAAGAAAGAAUUACCAUACAGGUACUUAAUCAUAAUCUAACCGUUCUUAGUGACGAAAAAAAGUUGCUACAAAACAGAGUAUUCUUUUUGGAAGCGGAACUGAAUAAACUAAAUGCGUCAAAGCCUCCUUUCAAUGAUGAAUUAAUGGCGUAUUUAAGUCGCACAGAACAAAUUGUUCAAACUUUGGCGACAAAUGAGGAAUACGACAAAAAUCUAACUCUGCGACUGAAUGAGGCGGAAAACAAAAAUGCGAUUUAUGACAGGCAGAACAAGAACUUAACUCAACGACUUAAUGAAAUUCAUGAUGCUUUGACUGCAAACGAAGCGUAUGACAAAAAUUUAACUCAACAGCUCACUGAUUCAAUAAAAAACUUACACGAUAUAAAGGUUCAGAUGCGAUACACAAGCUUGUCUCUAAUGGACAUACAUUCUAAGACGGACAAACUCGAUACAACUUUAACCAGAAACUUAAGUUUCAAAUUUGAGGAUCAAAUUCGAGAUGUUUAUGGACAAAUAACCAACAUCACCCAAAAAGUAGCCUUUACAGCCGGUGUGAGUUCAGGCAGCCGCUCCUGGAGCAGCGGUACACUGGUGUUUGAUAGGAUCGUGUACAACAUAGGAGGAGGGUACGACUCAAGUACUGGUGUCUUCACAUCCCCUGUAGACGGACACUUUGUUUUCUUCGUGAACGUUCAAGGUAGUUCUUAUGAUGUAAAGACAUAUUUAGUGCUAAAUGGCUCGGCUAAAGUCACAACACUUGUAUAUUAUAUUAGUGAAAGGUACGAGGCAGGACCAAACUUAGCGGUGUUAAGGCUUAUUAAAGGGGAUCGAGUUUGGGUCAAACAUUACACUGGAACUGGUUAUUAUACAACAGGUGAUGCUCCUGUCACCACGUUCUCGGGAUUCCUAAUAUGAUUCAUUGAAAAAUGUACUUGUACUUUUUGUAAGUUAUAGUUUUAAUUUAUAGUUCAUGUCUAACCUUGAUGGUAAUGUAAAUUGUUUUUGAGAAAA